UGCAUUUAUGUUUUUAUUAAAAGUGUAAUUUUUAAUUUUGGUAUUAAAUAUAUCUACAUACCUGAUGUUUGACUGGCUUUCUUGAGGGUACGAGCGACUUCAAGGACAGGGUUUUGACUUCCCAAAUGUCUCAUCAACAAUCCCGCGGGUAGGGCUGGCAGAACGGUUUUCGGCUAACCGAAAAACCGAAUAUAAAGGAAACGGUCGGUUGGCGGUGGGGAAGGGUAGGGGGUCGGUUAGCCGACUAACAGGGGUCGGAAACCGGCGGUUAACCGGCUAACCGACCCCCUUCCCUUUCCCCAAAAAACGACGUCGUUUCCGCCCACUAACCCUAAGCAGCCGACCCUCCUCUCCCAAUUCCCAAAUCAAUCGACCUCCCCCCCUCCUCCUAUCGCAAUCUCGCGCAACCCUUCCCCUUCCCCCUUCUCGCAAUCUCGCCUUACAGAGACCACCAUCGUCGACGUUCCACCGACCUGCCUCCACCUCGACGCCCCGCCGCCUCCACCUCGAAUCCCUAAAUCUUCUUCUUCUCCCAUCAACCAUGUCCAAUCCACAGACACCACCACCACUCCACCAGCACCAGCCGCCGCCCUCCCCUGCCUCCUCCGCUCCCCCUCCUUCCACCGCCACCACAACUUCCUCCACGGCCAUCGUUCCUAGUUCCGCCGGCGCGCUCGCGGUGAAGAAUCUGCCUUCGAAGGACAAGCACCGGGAAGACUCCGGCGAGCUUCUCCACCGUCUACGCCUCCGACGACCUCCUCCUCCCCGACGCCGCGCCUCGCCGCCCAUCACCGCGACCCAUGUAGAUCUGUUUCCAUGGAGAAAGAAGGUGAGAGAAGAAGAAGGAAGGAGAGAGAAUAGGUCUGGUGGAGGAAGGAAGGAGAGAGGAGGAGACAAGGAAGGUGUUGGGCCCAUAGUUAAGCGGUAUUGGGCCUAAGAGGCAUGCGCCAGGCCCACGAGGAGACAGAGAAGAUAAUCCCAAGGAAGGGUCCGAGUCAAUGAACGAGACCCGAGGAGGCAUAGGGAAAGGAGACACCACAGGCGGCCGACCUAUGACGUGACGGGAAGUAGGCCGCCCGACACAGGAGACCGUUGGUGUCAGGAAAAGCAGAUCUUCCUAGGAUACUUACCUCGUACACAGCAGGACUGAGCAUUUAAUGCCCGCCGCAGGCGGUCCAAGUAAAGUCGAGCAUGUCUA